AUGCCACCGCCCAAGUCGAAAAAGCAGCCCCAGCCCGUGGAGGAUGGCAAGACCAUCGGCGCCCACUUCAAGAAGGCGGGCAAGGACAAGGACCAGGAUGCGGCCGAUGCGCCGACCGAUCUGGGCGACGCGCAGGGCGCCGACGGCGCCGCGCAGGAGGCGGAGGAUCGACAACAUGGUGAUCGUGACCCUGGCCGUGGUGCUGGUGGCUCUGGCUCUGCCAGCUCUGGCCCGAUGGAUGUUGAUGGUAAAGGGUCGGGUGAGGCCAUCGCCGCCGACGCCGAGGCGGCGGUCGGGGCCGAUGCCGCGACCACGGCCGCCACGGGCGGAGGCCCUGGCUCUGCUGUGAAGUCGCCGUUGCCCGCAGGGUCUCCGCUCAGCGCCAAGGCCGCCACGCCGCACUUCCCCGCGGGGCCCGCGGGGGGGUGGCCGUCGCCUGGGCCUGCGGGCUCGCCCGCGACCCCCGCGCCUGCGGGCUCGCCCACGCCCCCCAUGCUGUGCGGCCCGAGCACGCCCAACAGUGAGUGCGCCAUGGGGGUGGUGGAGGCCGAGGCCGCCGGCGACGGCCAGUUCAAGUGCAAACGGUGCAACGUUCUGUGCAGCAACGACGAGAGGCAGAUCGUGCAACGGAGGUCUACCGAGGACUGCAUCUCUUGCGGCAAGAGCUACAAGGCACUCACCAACAGGUGGCGCAAGAACGGCAAGCUCAAGGAGUGGUGGAACAACAAAUCGGCUCAGGAGAAGACCUUGUGGUACCAGGAGCACAGGAACAAGCAAGAGGUGCUGCAGGGAGACGCGUCUCGGAUCCACUGGAAGCCUUGGAGCAUUGUGAAGCGCGAUCUCUUUAUGGAGGGCUUCACGUCGGAGCAGGAUCAACUGGCGGAGUGGAGGAGCCGCAUCUUAAAGGGCAUCUACAAGGUCCAGAAGGACGAAGAGACACAGCAGUGGUUGGUCGGGGAGUACCAGGGCAAGUUUCAGGACUUGACCAGGCAGCAGCGCUUGUCGGGCUCAGUGAAACGCGACGCCUGCGAGCUCACCAGCGCGGAGGACCUCCAGAACUUCAUGGCCGACAUUAAGAACACGAUGGAGGGCGCAUUGGGUGAGUUCACUCAGGCGCGGUCGAGCGCGCUCGCGGGGGCCGCAGACGGCGCGCCGACUGACGUCCCCGAGCAGUGGAUCGCAUCGCAUGUGGAGGCCGAGCAGUGGGACCCCGUCUUGGGGCUCUCCAUCACGGACGGCCUCAUGGAGAUCGAGCAGCACAACCAGAAGGCGGACGAGUACAAGCGCCUGUGCAACAGGGAGGAUACCGAGGCGGCGGCCAUCAAGCCAAUGGAGGAGGCCAUCGAUGCGAAAUCCAUGAAGGCAGUGGCCAAGCGGCAGGCCGCCAAGAAGCUCACGGACGCGAUGCGCCAGAAGCUCGUUGACGGCCUCAAUGCAUUGGCUCCUUUGGCCCAAAUGCCCCCCCCGUCCCGAUCGUCCAUCUUUGUCGUCGUUCUCCUCAUCUCCCUCCUCAUUCAGGUUUCCGAGAGCGUGGACGUCAGGGGGUUCAUGUCCGAUAGGUUGACCAGUGACGCUUUGAAGGAGGAGCCGAUCGCGGGACUUGUCGCCAGGCUGGUGGUCUUCGAGAAAGAGACGCCGAAUAUCGUGACAAAUGUAGAUGCCUUGCUGAUGAAGAUUGCCAAUAUGAGCGACGACGCCUCGUGGAACUUCAACCUGGAGCCCAUCAAGGCCGCCCUCAAGGAUGCGAGCGAGAAGACCAGGGCGGAUGGCACCCACUGGUCCGACUUCAGGAAGGCAAUCGCGGAAUGCAAGACCGCGGCCCAGAAGAAGGUGGAUGCGGCCGCUGGCUCUACACUUAAGAAGAAGAAGCUCACAGAUAAAGCCAAGGACGCGAAGGACACCAAUUGCAGCGCGGACAUGGCCAACAAGCUCGUGUUCGUCGGCCUCUCCGUUGAGGAGCUCAACGGCGGCGUCAACAUCGAGACCACCUUCGAGGCCGUCCAGCGCCCUGGUAAAGCCUCGGUGAUGCAGGUGCCGCAGCUCAUGGAGGGCGCACAGAAGGCUAACGGCUGGAACGCUCUCGACUCGUGGCUCAAGGAGAAGGUCAAGGCCGAGGAGAACAUUUGCUUUGGCGCGGUGACCCAGCCUGAGAUCGUCGCCUCCGCGAAAUCAUCGCUGCUUGCUGUCCGCGCCGACAGCAUGCUGUUCCGCACGGCGUUCCUGGCGAAGUCGCCCCAGCUCGCGAAGCUGACCAAGGCGAUGUUCGGCAUGCAGGCUUUCUUCGCCCCGCGGAAGCACACGCAGGUGUUGCCGCCCCCUUUCGGGAUUGGCGAGGUGCGGGCCGUCUUCGAGGGCAAGGAGCUCGUGGUGGCGCAGCAGAUGGUCGGGGAGCCGCUCGACGCGCAGAUCUCCAAGCUCCAGAGCAUGAGUUCGGGGGACCUGCUCAACUUGAUCCGCGAGGCCCCCAACUUUGCGCUCAUCAUCAAGCAGGGCGACGUCGCCUGGCUGCCGACGGGGUUCGUGUACAUGAUAUUCCACCUGAUGCCCACCAUUGGGAUGCGCCCUUCGAAACCGUCGCCCACCGGCGACUUCGGCGUGGACAUCAAUGAGUCCUCCACAGAGGUCAAGAUCUAUAACAACAGUGCGGGUUCUGCGAAGCUGCCGACGGACCUGCAGCCUGCGCCAACGUCUCCAGAUGGUCAGUCGCUCGCCUCGUGGGGUGAUCCCUUGUCUGACUGCCAGUAG